AUGGAUUGUUUUUCUAUUUCUAAACAGCCGGAUGAAUGUUCUAAAUUGUGUAUUCAAACACAGAUAAGCCCUAGUUAUGUAUCAAUUUACACAAAAAGUAGCAAUGAUGUUGUAAUGGUAUACGCAAAUGCUAAACAAAACGUGUCCUCAGAUAUUAACAAAAAUAGUUACAAAAACAAAGAAGAUGAGUUGGAUCUAACUGGCUCUCCAUUAAAACUAGAUUUGAGUUUACACACAACAUUAGAUGACACAAUGUUUUCUGAAGAAUCACAACUGUGGAGAAAAGAAGAGUUACUUCAUGCACCAAUUGAUUUAGAAAGUGCAAGAGAUUUAGCAAACUCUUAUACACAAACUCAAGCAACCUUAUCCAAAGAAGAAUCAGUACCUCAGUGGAUUCUGUGCAAUCCAAAUUCUGAUGGCAAACCCUUAUUACUAACUAUACAGUCAAACAAAGAUGAAUUUGCUAGAGGUAUAGUCAAUUAUGAAGGCUGUUAUGCAUUGGAAGAAGUAGAUGUGGAUAAUCUUAUAAAGGGUUUUGCUGAUCAGGAACAUAUGGAUGAAGAUUUAGUAAAUGUACUUGUGGAUUGCAAGUAUGCAGUGGCUGGUACGUCCUAUAAUGGUCUUAAUAUAGAUGAACAACUCAACACACCCCACGGAGGUCUAACAGAAUUGCAUUGUGAAUGGAAUGCUAAGACACUACUAACACCAUUUAUUAGCUGUAAAAUUAAUCUAGAACAAGAAAUAACCGUUGGUCACUUGGCAAGUCCUUGCAAUGGAGUGUGGAAGUCUGUCUGUGCAUUAUACCAUAUAAAUGACCUUCUUGUAGAAAUGACAGCAUCAGGAGGCAAUAUCAAUCUCGAAAAAGCUGUUAUAAGAAACCUCAUCCCCGGUAUGAGACGCUAUAACAACGAAAAACGCCUCACAGAUCUACUGAAAGAAACAGAAAUAUAUACAUAUACUGCGGAAUGUCCUGCAGGUGGCUGUCUUUGUGUCACAGAAGAUACGACUACCCUCAAACAAUGUAUGAACGAUUUAAAUAAAAAGGGUUCUAGUAAUGACUUCACUUACAAACUGUGGGAUGUUUUAAGAGAAUGUGAGACAGCUGAAGAACUGAUAACUCUUCUCUUAAAAGCACUUUCCUUUGUUUCGACGGGAAAAAUACGUCCAUUUAUUGACGUAAACAACACCUCAAUACUAUCAAAACUAGUAUUAAAAUUAUCAAGAGGUCACUCUCAAACGUCAAAAGUACUUAAAAAUCUCCGCUCAAGUCCCCCUCAAGCGUUAUCUUUGGUGGCCCAAGUAGGCUUUGAGAAGACUACAUGGGAAUAUACCAGGAUAAUGUCGCUUCUAGAGCAUUCUUUCUUCUUGGCCGGGGUCUGGAAUACUGAUGCCAGGUCUAAAGAAACAAUAGAACAGAUCAAUCAAACGAUACAAGAUAUGACUAUGGGAGGUGACUUCACGAUGAACCCUUUUGAAAAUUAUGGCACAACCGAAAACUCCAUACGACUCGAUUCAGAGUCCUUCUGUGUGGAAGAUAAUAACGAUUUAACGGUUGAUGACUUCGCGUCGUUGAAGAAACAUGGUCUUGUGAGUGAGAAGAAAGAUGCGAAUGAGAUACCCUUAAUCCCAGAUGAAAUCGACAUUAGUCCCUGGAAAAAUCUCUUAAUGAGAUAUUCUCAAGUACAUGUAUGUUUGGAGCAUUUAUUUAGAGCUGAAUCCUGUCUGCGAGCUGACUUUGCACAAUUAAAGACCAUGGCAUCCCGGUUAUUGGAGUUGUAUGUGUCAGAUAAAUCUCCGGUGAAAUCUGCAGGCCAGCUUAUGAAUGAUCCAGUGGUUAAAAUAAACGUGCCCAUAGCUAAUAACAUCGUGCAAGACCAUUUGAAAAAAUCUGCGAGCUGGUAUCGUUUAGAGCUGAGAAAAACCGAACGCGCUAUUAAACAAGGACUCAAAAGGGAUUGCAGAUAUGUCUACGUGUUUUCACAAUUGCCCAUCUUCCCUCCAACGGUAUGGAAUAAUAUUGAUCCUCCAAGUGAAGAGGUCGUUGAAGCAACCACUCUAGGAGAAAUAAAAUAUCAUUGUACUAAAUACACAUUUUUAUCAAACAAAGUUAAUAGAAAUAUUGUUUUGUGA